AUGGCCCUCACGGUUGGCAUCCUCGCCGCAUGUGUUACUAGCAGCCACACGACCGCGGGUAAGGGCCUGCAUUCCACUAGUAACCCCAAUGAUCUAGUUUCGGUGCGAAUCCCCGCCUCUACUUCUAUGAUCUACGACGCAUUCGAUGCCACGCUCAACGGCACAAGCGGCGAUCGGAAGUUCAGUAUUGCCAUUCAGAAUAAUGUUGGCAUGGUUACACAAGGAAACCGCACUACCCAGGUUGUGGUCAGCAAGCAAAUCUCCUGGUCACCGCGUACCCUCUAUGCCAUUAUCGGCACCGACACUGAAGCUAUUUUAAUGGGUUGGGUGUACUGCCAGGGUGGUCUACUCACGACCCUGUGGCUUGAAGACACCACUGGUACCACAGGCUUCACCUCGAGUACCGUCACAGGUACAUGCUCCGUGUCGAACACCGGUGUGAACGUACCGUUCAAGACCGCCAAUACACUCGUCUCAGUCAGGCUGCCACCCUCAUAUCCCACCAUCGACGGCGGCACGAAGCUGUCGCUGCAACCCAACGUUGUCGGCAGCGUCACGCUUAAUAACCAACCCUAUAGCCUUAUACCCUUCGCCAUCGUCGACUGCUCCAAUUGCGGGUCUAGUGUCAAUGGUGGCUGGGUUGAGGUUCAUAGUGUGAUUAGCAGCAAGAAGGCCAACAAUGUUUGCCUUGGUAUUUUCUACCUGCCUGUUAUCCACACGCCCAGUAUUAGCCUGGAGUAUGUGAACUGCUUUAGCUAUAAUGUCAGCAGACAGACCUUCUCCGCGACUUAUACCAUCCCCUCGAACCUUAAGAGCUUGCAGCUGCUUUCCAACGUACCGCCUAUCGGCGCCACGCCUCCCUUACCUUUUCAGGGCCUGCGUGCUAAGCUGUCUUAG